AUGAGCAGCGCCCGCUCGCCGUCGGCGGCGCCGGAGCUGCUGGACGACGACGAUCUGCUGCCGGAGAUCCUCCUCCGUCUCCCCCCGCAGCCGUCCUCCCUCCCCCGCGCAUCCCUCGCCUCCAAGCGCUGGCGCAGCGUCGCCUCCGACCCGGCCUUCUCGCGCCGCUUCCGCCGCCACCACCGCCUCAACCCUCCCCUCCUCGGUUUCUUCCGCGUGGAGCUGAGGGGCCGCUUCGAGCCCCGCUUCGAGCCUUCCCUCGACGCCCCAAAUCGGAUCCCACCCGAACGCCUUUCCUGGCGAUGGAACAAGGGUGACGACUGCUACGACCUCCUUGGAUGCCGCCAUGGCCUCGUGCUACUCCUCAACAGAGCGCACACGCAGGUCCUGGUCUGGGACCCUGUCACCGGCGACCGGCGCCGCGUCGCCGUUCCACCGGGGCUCAAAAUUGUUGGAGCCCCGAUCAGCGGGACGGUGCUUCGCGGUGCCGGAGACGACGACCACUUCCAGGUGGUCUUGGUAGGCACUGAUGGUGAGGAGGGACAAAUUACAGAAGCGGUUGCCUACGUUUACUCGUCGGAAACUGGUGCGUGGGGCGAUCCCAUCUCGACACCGCUUCCAUCCAAGCAUGCCAUUGUUUCUGUCAACAAGACUGCUGUGAUGGUUGGGGAUUUCAUUUACUGGUUGCUCAAUUCGGUUGGGAUUCUUGAGUUUGAUCUUGAUAGGAAGAGGCUAUCCUUGAUACCUGUGCCUGCGGACUUGGAUUUAGGGAGCGGCAGUUACUUCUUCUCCCUUAUAAGGGCAGAUGGCGGUGGGCUUGGUUUCCUCUUUUUGUCAGGCUUCAAUGCCCAAUUGUGGAAGAGGAAGACCCAUUCUGAAUUUCUGAUGGUGUUACUUCAUGGGUGCUGGAAAAAACUAUUGAAAUUGAUAGGUUACUUCCUCCGGAGGAUGUAG